GGAGCGGAAGUAGAUGGAAACAGACAGGCCAGGCUCUGACAGCGAAGAUACGUCUGUCGCUGGGGAGAUAAAACACUCAUAAAAUAUUCAACCCCGGCGUUUGUUGUUUACUCAGAAAGUCCGAAUGGUUUAGAAGUAGAAGAAACAUCACCAUGGUCCACGUUUGGCAGCAUUUUUCGACGACGCCGAAACUACGGGUGUCACUUUUCUCCUUUCUUCUCUUUCUCGCUGUCUCCCUUGGAGACGACGGGCUGCACCGGACACGAAGCGUCAGCCCCUCGACGGAGGAAACGGUAGAAACUUACGACAAAUACUACAAUUAUGCUGACCUAACCGGGCGUUUACAGUCUCUAGCCCAGAAAUACCCUCACAUAGCUAACCUGUCGAGCAUAGGGCAGUCUGUGGAGGGCAGGGAGCUCUGGGUGAUGCGGAUCACAAAGGACCCCAACAUAGACACACCGGGGAAACCCAAAUUUAAAUACGUCGGCAACAUGCACGGCGACGAAACCGUGUCCAGGCAGGUGUUGGUGUACCUUGUGGAGUACCUGCUGGCUAAAUAUGGGGAGGAAACGCGUAUUACUGAGCUGGUGAACACCACGGAUAUUUAUAUCAUGCCCAGCAUGAACCCUGACGGCUUUGAGAAGUCCAUAGAGGGGGACUGCAAUGGGGACAGCGGGGGUCGAACCAACGCCAGAAAUGUGGACCUGAACAGGAGCUUUCCCGACCAGUAUGAAGGGACCCGGGUCAGUCCAGAUAACGUCCCCGAGGUCAUGGCUGUGAUCAGGUGGAUCCAGGAGAAUAAAUUCGUGCUGUCAGGGAACCUGCAUGGCGGCACGGUGGUUGCCAGCUACCCUUUUGAUGACUCGGCAUCCCACCAGCGGCAGGGCCACUACAGCCAGUCAGAGGACGACAGUCUGUUUCGCUUCUUGGCCCUGGUGUAUUCCCAGAACCACCCUGUGAUGAAGACUGGAGAGCCAAAUUGUCCCGAUACCCCAGAGGAAACCUUUAAAGAUGGCAUCACCAAUGGGGCGCAGUGGUAUGACGUGACUGGAGGUAUGCAGGACUACAACUACCUCUACGGAAACUGUCUGGAAAUCACCAUGGAGCUGAGCUGCUGCAAAUAUCCUCCUGCUGCUGAGCUUCAUAAUCAGUGGGAUCUGAACAGGGAAUCUCUACUAGCCUACAUUGAAAAGGUCCAUAUAGGUGUCCGUGGCUAUGUGAAAGAUGCCAUCAGUGGAGCUGCUCUCCCCAAUGUCAGCAUUGUGGUGGAAGGGAUUCGCCACAACCUCACCACAGGGAAAUAUGGGGACUUCUAUCGUCUCCUUAUCCCAGGAACAUACAACAUCACAGCUGUGGUCCCAGGGUACACAACAAUGACAGUUCAUGGUGUCCAGGUCCUGGAAGGAAAAGCAGCAGAACUUAACUUCACCUUGGCACCUGUGGUCAGCGAGGCUGCAGGAAGCACCACUGUGACUACAUACUCCAUGACAUCCACCAAUGAUCCAAACAUCCCCACCACCACUACCAACUCUUCUAACCCCACGGUGGUUCCUGCUGAGGAAAACAAGAGCAGCCCUCCUUUGCCUCCUCCUGAACACCAGCCCGUCCAGCCCCAGGAAUUUCGUCAUCACAACUACGCAGACAUGGAGCUUUUCUUGCGCAAAUACAGCAGCGAGUUCCCAUCUAUUGUCCACCUUUACUCAGUCGGCCGCUCUGCGAAAAACCUUGAACUCUAUGUGAUGGUCAUCUCAGACAACCCCAAAGUCCACGAGCAUGGUGAGCCGGAGUUCAAGUAUGUAGCCAACAUGCACGGUAACGAAGUGGUGGGACGAGAGUUAAUGCUCAACCUCAUCGAGUACCUGUGCCGUAAUUAUGGCACUGACCCGGAGGUCACUAAGUUGGUCAACAAUACUCGCAUUCACAUCAUGCCUUCUAUGAACCCUGACGGCUAUGAAGAAGCAUCUGAAGGUGAUGUUAAGGGCUACAGAGGGCGUAACAACAGCAACAAUUUUGACCUGAACCGCAACUUCCCGGACCAGUUUACCAACAUCACAGAACCCAGACAGCCUGAGACUAUAGCUGUAAUGAACUGGCUGAAGAGCAUCCCCUUUGUCCUGUCAGCCAACCUACACGGAGGUUCCUUGGUGGUCAACUACCCUUAUGAUGAUGACAGAAAAGGGAUAACUCAGUAUAGUCAGUCGCCUGAUGACAAAGUCUUUCAGCAGGUGUCUAAAGCCUACUCACAGGAGAAUCCUCUGAUGCACAAUGGGCACCCUUGUGAGGACCUGUACCCUGAUGAAUAUUUUAAGGAUGGCAUCACCAAUGGUGCCAAUUGGUACAAUGUUCCUGGUGGCAUGCAGGACUGGAACUACUUAAACACCAACUGUUUUGAGGUGACCAUUGAGCUGGGCUGUGUGAAGUACCCCAUGGCCAAAGAGCUGCCAAAAUACUGGGAACAAAACCGACGAGCAUUACUUCAGUUUAUUGACCAGGUCCACAUUGGAGUAAAGGGCACAGUCUCUGACAUUGGGGAUGGUACAGGAAUACCCAAUGCCACCAUUAGUGUGGAGGAGAUAGACCACAACAUCACCACGGCUCAUACUGGAGACUACUGGAGACUGCUGGCCCUCGGGACUUACUCUAUUACUGCCUCCGCACAUGGAUAUAAACCUGUGAGGACAUACGCCACAGUCUCAAAGCAUGAAGCAGAGGUGGUGGACUUCAGACUCACACGUAUACACUCAGACCAAAAUGGCCAGCCUCUUGAGGGCCCCCAACCCACACAGAACCCAUCUGAGAAGGAGUUCCAGAGCUUAAUCAAGGACCUCUCUCUAGGCCAGGGUUUGGAGCAGUUGGUCAAGAGCACAGCCACAGAGAACAGCUUCCGCUACAGACGCUACAACGAGAUGGCGGCCUUCGUGAGAGGCCUCACGCUUAACUUUCCCAAAAUUACAUCUUUACAAAGUUUGGGUCAAAGUGUGGAGUUUCGAACUAUCUGGGCUCUGGAAAUCUCCAACAAACCAGGGGAAGCUGAACCGUCUGAGCCCAAGAUCCGCUUUGUAGCAGGGAUCCAUGGCAAUGCCCCAGUGGGCACAGAGCUGCUGCUGGAGUUUGCUGCCUUCCUGUGUAUCAACUAUGGCAAGAACCCAGUCAUCACCAGGCUGAUCAAUGAGACCCGGAUUGUCAUCGUGCCCUCUAUCAACCCAGAUGGACGAGAACUGGCUGUUGAGAAGGAGUGCACCUCUGCCAGGGGCUUGAGCAACUCCCAUGGCAAGGAUCUGGACACAGACUUCUUUGGCAAUGCAUCUCAGCGUGUGGUGGAGGCCCAACCAGAGACCAGAGCGAUGAUGGAGUUGAUUCUAGACAGGGGCUUCACUCUGUCUGUAGCCCUUGAUGGAGGCUCCCUUGUUGCUACGUACCCUUAUGACAAACCUGUCCAGUCUGUUGAAAAUGAGGGUACUUUAAAGUACUUGGCAAGUGUUUAUGCCAACAACCACCCCAAGAUGCACCUCGGGGACACUGGAUGUUCAAAUAAUGGGCAGAUGGGCAACAUCCCAGAUGGAGUCAUGAGGGCAGCAGAGAGACAAAGUCACAUGGGGAGCAUGAAGGACUUCAGCAUGGACUUUGGCCACUGUCCAGAAAUCACAGUGUAUACUGGCUGCUGUUUGUUCCCUUCUGCCGAGCAUCUGGCCACACUCUGGGCUGAGAACAAGAAGGCUCUCCUCAGCAUGUUGGUGGAGGUCCAUAAAGGGGUGCGCGGCGUGGUCAGGGACAAGAGUGGAAAGCCUAUUGUUGGGGCGAUCAUUGUACUGAACGGUGGAGUGAGAGUCUUUACUGCAGAAGGCGGCUACUUCCAUGCGCUGCUGGCUCCUGGCAACCACAACAUUGAAGCUGUUGCUGAUGGUUACCAACAACAACGUCAAGAGGUGGUGGUGUCUUCCUAUGAAGCUGCUAACUCGAUCAUCAUUGAGUUUGACAUGGAUAACAGCAUCUUUGGCCUGCCCAGAGAGUUUGUGGUGGCCAGUGCAGCUGCCUCCAUGACAGCAUUGGUGGUGACGGCGUGCAUCAUCUGGUGUGUGUGCGCAGCAAAGUCUAAUCGCCAAAAAGACGGCUUCCACCGUUUACGACAGCACCGAGAUGAGUAUGACGAUGAGAUUCGGCUCACCUCUAUGGGCUCCAAGAAGUCGCUACUUGCCCACGAGUUUCAGGACGAGAGUGAAAGCGAUGAGGAGACGCUGUAUGCCAACAAAAUCUGAGAAGUGUUGCACUAAUUUGGCUGUUGGCUCCACAUUUAUUUUGAUCUCCCCUUUUUAAUUUAACCCCUGGUCAACAAGGAACCGGUUGAACUCUAGGCAGCAUCUGUCUCUCUUUAUGUCUGAGAUAAUAGAGCGAUAAAGACACUUUGUUCUGUUAUACCAUCAAGUUCUGAGGCCUCACUCCCCACCACUCACUUAUUAGUGGUACUAAAUUAAUACAAAGAGAAUCCUGCUGGUGUCUGGACUGAAGGAUGGGCUUUUUUUUUUUUGCUCCAUCUCUACCUGACUGGAUCAGGAGGAAAAAGACAAACAGUGUGAUGGAAAAGAGAAAUAGGUUUGUUCCACUGUGGCCCUCAUCUGUCCAGGUUUUGAGGCCCACAGCUCUUUUAUUUCCGAGCCACGCAAGAAUGCUCUUUUUAGACCACUACCUGUCCUGCUUGGCUAAGGGGUUCCACCCGAUCAGUCCAAAUAAACUGUCCUUUAUUGGUUGUAUAAUGAACUCUGGAUGCAAGUGCUUAAUCUCACACAACCUCCCCACUGAUAUGAUGCAUUGUUUUCAAUACUGCAUUAAGUUAUAAAAUUAAAAAAUGAUUCUUUUCAAGACAGCAUUGCCACAUUUGAAGUGUCCGAGCCUUUUGGAGACUGAAUCCAAUACUGUGCCUUGGCUUCUGUAAGUUUUAAGUCCGCUUGGGCUUUAGUAUGUAACAGAAAGCAGCAACAUAGUGAAAAGAUUAUACUUGGUCCAUGUUGGAAUAUUAUCCAUCCUAUACUCAGGUGGUAGGAACGUUGCACAGUUGACUCUAUGCUGGCUGGCCUGGGUUCAGUAGUUUUUGUAUUUUUCCUGGGAGUUUUGGCCAAAAUCACAACGGGAGAGAGAGCUUAUCAAAAGCUUUAAAGCAUCAGGGAGAAUUUAACAAUGAAAUGCUUGAAUGAAACACUUCCCAGUUAGUGCAAGGUUCUCUAAUGCAUCAGUCACUUGCACUAAAUAGAAGGCAAGGAUUGACCUAUAUCAUUGGCCAGGAAAAAACAACUAUGAAUCUCCAAACUAUGUAAUCAUAAGAAGAAUGUAUUUUUGUUUUAAACUAUAGGUUUUGUUGUAGGGCAAUUUCUGUACUGACUUUCAUGCAUGUCACAUUGAGUCUGUGCCCCGUCUGUGUGCAUUCUCACCAUGUCUAUAACUUCUCACAACAAGGAAUAUCAAUUCUGGUUUUAUUCCCACAGCUAAACAAUGCUUUGGAAUGCAAAAGUCAUACCAGGGUUGUCCGUCCAUUAAUGAUCCAUGCCAGAGCCACCUGUACUACAUGAUUUAAAGGUCCAGUGCAAAGAAAUUCCUAUUUCCCAACUUUUCUCAACUUAUCGUAAAGCAAAGGGCAAAUAGAUUGCAAUCCAUUCGACUGUGAAAUGUAACUGACCUUUCGAGUUGAGACCUUUUUGUCUCACAAAACCUUUAAAGCUACUCAGUACAUAACAACCAUUGUGGUAUAAAUUUAGUUUAAAUGUAUUUUAAAAUCUAACUGAAUUAAAGUUCUUGCACUGGAUCAUUAAAAUCAGAUCUUAAAUUGGGAAUGUUAUGCGUGUUUUUCACCACAUAUGAGCUUGUUUAAGACUUUGCCUUGGUUUCCAGUUACUUUGAGAAGAGAUUUAUUUUCUUCUCCUUUAAACAAAUGCAGCUGUCAUCACCACAAGUUAAACCUGAUAUCUGUGUAGAGAGACAGUUUUGUAUAUUUUUCUUUCUUAUACUGUAUCUGAGUGCGUGUGUAUGAAUUUUGAAAGUUGAGCGUGUGUCAGGGUCACGCAGUGUUGAUGAGAAGAUUUUAUACAAACUGGAAUCAGCUGUAAAUAAUGUUUGCCAAUUGUGAAUGGGAAAACAAAUGCAAUUCGUGUUAACCAUGAAAAUGCACAAAAACUCAAAACAAUAAAACAUCUUACAACUUC